CUGCGCAUGCGAAGAAAAAACCGAGAGACAUUGUCUGUUUUCCGGGGAACGGAACCGUGGAUGUGAUACUGGAAAUCGUUGCAUCACCAAGAUUGUGCUUCCCAAGUAUGUCGACUUGAAUUUUGUUUGUGUACCCUGGGGGCCGGUGCACAGGACUGUGGUUCUGGUGACCCUUGCGGCAGCAACGCUGAUUGCUAUGAUUUCUUAUGUGGUGAUGAUGGUGUUUGUAACUAGUGUAAAUAAAUCAGGAUAUGUGAAUUUUCCUUUGGUUUUGGAAAAUUAUCAAUACCGAUCCGUAUAA